GCUGGAGGAGGUGGUAGAGCGACCGUGCCGUCGUACCACAAGUAGCUGCAGCUGGAGCAUACCCAACUCAACCGCGACCCUCACUGGAAAGCAACAUUAGUGCACAGCGGCACGGCGGAAUUGUGUUCCGGGGAAACUUACCCGUCCGUCCGUCCGUCAGUCAGUCAGUCAGUCAGUUACUUACUUAUUAGCACUCGGUGUGCGGGACCAGAGUUGAGGGAGACCGUGUCGGAGCCGCUAUGUAUCAGCUGCAAACGUGAAAGGCAAGCAGCGGAAACGAGAAUGGCUAACGCUGGCUAGCCACAAACGAGCCGGCGGGCGGGCGGGCUGCCGGACUGGACUUGGUGCGAUCCCGAGCAGCCGAUCAUGACAGGCGGGGCAAGGCAGGCACACCGUUUUGGUGGGAGCGGCGUGGCGUGGCGUCAACGAGGAUGAUGGCUGAAGGAUAGUGUAUAAGGAGUCAGUCGCCUUCCCCCAACCCAAAGUGACCGAUUGUCGUUGUUUUUUUUUUUCUUCUUCUUCCCAUUCCCCCCCCCCCCCCUCAUUUAAUGGAAUUGAUGUACUCCACAGUGAGAUGGUAUACAGUUGAGUGUCUACUAUUUCUUGUAUGGGCACCCUGUUCAAAAGAAGACAGGCUUGCUCUUUAAUUUGCUAUGAUGUAAUUAAACAUCAAGUGUUUGGGUUGGAUCUUUCUCUGGCUCCACCAAGUAUUUCCUAGCUUUCUCCUUUUCCACAACGGCGGCCAUGGUUCGAAAGAAAGGUUCCCUCAUACUAUGCGGCGCAUUUCUGUUUGUUGCGUGGAAUGCUUUGCUUUUACUUUACCUUUGGGGACGCCCGCCGAUGGGCCGUCUCGGGGGGGAGGGUGGCGGCGGCGCCGAACCGGGAGGAAAUGAGGAGUGGGGUCUGAUCCGAGGCAAAGGAAGCCGGAUCGACCUGGCAGGGGAGGUGAUCCGGCUGGCGGAGGAAGUAGAACUUCAGCUUGAGACCCAGAAAAAGUUGUUAAAGCAGAUCGAGAGUCACCGGCGGGCAGCGUGGUCCAAGCGCAAAGACGUGGGCAAAAGAGACAAAGAGGCGGUGACAAAGAAGCACCACGUCCAAUCCCUAGCGCUUCAGCCCCUCGAUCCUCUGCUUGACCAUGCGGAUAGCGAGCCCCAACAUAGUGUCAAAUCGUUUGCCGCAGUCGGCCCAGACGCUCGGCGGCGCCAAGCCACCGUCACGGAGACGGGCACGCGUGAUCAAUUGUCGGCUUUGGCCAGGCCCCCAGUCAUCAUUCCUAUCCUGGUCAUCGCUUGCGACAGAGUCACCGUCAAACGGAGUCUGGACAGACUGAUUCAGUACCGCCCCUCUCAAGAACUCUAUCCCAUCAUCGUGAGCCAGGACUGCGGUCACGCCGAAACAGCCGGCGUUAUCGCCUCCUACGGCGCUCAAGUGACGCACAUUCGCCAACCGGACCUGUCCGACAUCCGAGUGCGGCCGGAGCACAGGAAGUUCCAGGGCUACUACAAAAUUGCCAGACAUUAUCGCUGGGCCCUGAACCAAGUGUUCAACACUUUUGCGCAGUCCACGGUGGUCAUAGUGGAGGAUGACCUGGAGGUGGCACCGGACUUCUUUGAGUAUUUCCGCGCCAUGUACCCAAUCCUGCGCUCCGACCCGACUUUGUGGUGCGUGUCCGCCUGGAACGAUAACGGCAGAGACGCCUUGGUGGAUCCGUCCAAAACCGCUCUUCUCCACCGGACAGACUUCUUCCCCGGUCUGGGCUGGAUGCUGCUGAAGGAAAUGUGGGACGAGCUGGAACCCAAAUGGCCUUCGGCGUUCUGGGACGAUUGGAUGCGUCUGCCGGAGCAACGCAAGGACCGCUCGUGCGUUCGCCCGGAAAUAUCGCGCACCAUCACCUUUGGCCGAAAAGGCGUCAGCUUAGGUCAAUUCUUUGACCAGUAUCUGCGCUACAUUCGACUCAACACGGAAUUUGUGCCUUUCACCAAACAAAACUUCUCUCAUUUGCUGAAAGACAACUACGACGAGAAGUUUAUCAAAGACGUUUACGGCGCCCCGCCGGUGAAGAUCGAGGAACUGCAACAGGGGGGAGCUUUAAGAGGACCCGGUCCGUACAGAGUCAAGUACUCCAGCAGGGAUAGUUUUAAAGUCCUCGCUCGGAAUCUGGGGGUGAUGGAUGACUUGAAGUCCGGAGUCCCGCGGACAGGCUACCGGGGCGUGGUGGCUUUCCUGCACCGCGGCCGCAGAGUCUUCUUGGCUCCGCCGGAAGGUUGGACGCGAUACGAUGUCAGCUGGAGUUGAGACGCAAAUGUUGGGAAUCCUCAGAGGUGCCCAAUCCUGAAGAUGGAAUUCCAACAGCACACCAGUGGCUCAGAGGGGGGGAGGGGCACGGCACCAACCACAAACACACACACACACACACACACACACACACACACACUUCAAUCUCAUGAGAGCAAAAUUCCACUCUUGAACACAGCUUUUGGCACAGUGCCUUUCUUUUUUCAGCCACCCAUCAAGUUGUAUGGUUCGGUUUGCUCCUAAAUAACCUGACAGACAGACAGCAGCUGUAAAUAAUCUUUGGAUUUGGGUCAUAUUCCAGUGUCAGGCCAAAAAAAAGAGUCACAAGACUUGGGAACUCUGUCAAUGUGGUGCGCAAGUGUUUCCAUCUGUCAAACAAUCAGACAGCUAUGAUGAUAGCUGGCCUUUAUGAGCGGCAGACAGGAAUCUCUGGCCUAUUCCAGCCAGCCAGCCAGCCAAAUAUGAUCGAGCUGACCUGCGGAGUCCGAGUGUUGAAAUGCAAGACUAAUAAGCCGAAGUGAAUACGAAUCAUUUUGCUUGAAGGCCAAAACCUUUAUUACCUUCUCCAGUUCACAUCCUGCAAUAACCAAAACAUGUCAUUUGGUGGUACGGUUCAGUUUGACCACUGAGCAUUGCAUUGAUUUUGAAACAAGCGCUCACAAACAGGUUAUUGUGGUCUUUAUCAAUUGUGGGACUUUUUUAAAAUCAUUGGCUGUCUCUUGUCCCAGUAAAGUGUUGCUUGACAUCAACUUUACUAUUUCUACCGAAGUAUUUUUCUAAUCACUACCCCCAAUGUUUUGUCCAUUCAUGGAAAAAGAAUGCCAGAAAAGUAACCGGAUGCUGAUAACAGUAGAACAUGUACCUAUCUUACCUAUAAGGAUUCAUUUGUUCACUGCCAUGGAAGAAGUCAGAGGUCAAUUUUAGCUGGGCAAUGGCAGUCAAGGAUGGUGGACUUUUCUUUUUGUCGUCGCCGUUGUCGCUUGAAAUUCGAGCGCGGUCGUCCGGAAGCAAAAUGUCCAGAUAAAAGCUACCGGUGAUUUUCAAACCAACUUGUUUGUGUCUAUUGUUCAUUUCCUCUCUAAU